AUGCCUAUUGAGUUAGAGGAACCCGGACUUGAAAACAAUGCUCAAGUUGCAAAAGACUUGUUUGCAGGAACUAUGGGAGGGAUAGCCCAAGUUCUUGUUGGCCAACCAUUUGACUGCGUUAAAGUUAGAUUACAAUCGGCACCAGAAGGAACUUAUAGUGGAGCUUUGGAUGUUAUUAAACAAUUGAUAAAAAAUGAAGGAUUUGCUGGAUUUUAUAAGGGAACGUUAACUCCUUUAGUGGGGGUCGGUGCUUGUGUUUCAGUCCAGUUUUCGGUAAACGAGUUUAUGAAACGUCAUUACGACCGAACACUAAACGGUAAGCCUCUCGAUUUGUUACAGUUUUUCAACUGUGGUGCUGUUGCAGGUUUUGCAAAUGGGUUUUUGACCUCCCCAAUUGAGCAUAUCCGUAUCAGACUUCAGACACAAACAGCUGGUAACAAAAUAUUCCACGGCCCUAUCGAUUGUUUUAAAAAGAUUUAUCAAAUUGACGGAUUUAGAGGUAUUUAUAAGGGCUUAGGACCUACUUUGGUUAGAGAGUCCGUUGGGUUGGGUAUUUAUUUUGCGACUUAUGAAGCAUUGGUAGCUGAAGAUUUGAAGCAACAUCCUGGCUUGACCAGAGCAGAUAUCAAACCAUGGAAGUUGUGUUUAUACGGAGGUCUAAGUGGGUACACUUUAUGGAUUUCUAUAUACCCCGUAGACAUGCUCAAGUCUAAAUUGCAAACCGAUGCCUUGAAAGGAGCCAAGUACAAGAACUCAAUGUCCGUGGUAAAAGACAUAUUUCAUAAACAAGGAAUAAGAGGAUUCUACAAAGGGUUCUUGCCAACAAUACUAAGGGCUGCACCAGCAAACGGAGCCACCUUUGCUGUGUUUGAAGUCACUAUGAGACUUCUUAGUGGCUCGACGCAAUAG